CAGGUCGCAAGAAUCUUUCGGUCCCGCUCAGGUCCAAUCCACGGACUCAUUUGCCAUAUCACACAAGAUGGCGUCUGUGGGCCGCGCCUCGAAGUCAAUAAGCAAUGGACUUGCAGUAGCUGUGAGACCUCGAUAUGUCUGUCGAACAUGCAAACACCAACUCCUGCAACGCGAAGCACAGCAAGCCCGACAAUCCUCAAGCCUGUCAUUAAGAGACUGUGCUCGACGCACCUCAAGCCUUGUCAAUGGACAGCGACGCCAGGCCUCCGAUUCUUUUCUCAGCCGCUCUCAGCCUUCUAAACAACGGUCGUCGCUUGAAGAGGCUGAAACUGCCGCGCCAAUCGAGGAGUAUGUCGAAGCGACCACUUGGGAUGGAUUGGAGCAUGUGGGCCACCAGGGACAUUGGAGAGAUCUACCUGCUGAUCCCAAGGACGGUUAUGAACCCUGGCUUGAUCCGACCACGGCACCACCUCUUCAGCGCGACGAGUUCCUCUCAUUUCUUUACAUUUCCAUCGUCGAGUGUCUCGCAUACAGGCAACUUGGGAAGGAACCAACAAUUAUCUUUGAGCAGGGUCCACCUGACUUCCAUGGUGAUAUGACUUCUCUGAAAAUCAAACUGUCGAGCUCUGGAGCAGUGUCACAUCUCGAAGAUCCCCGAGGUGUCCUACAGAAGGCCAGCGAAGCCCCAAGGCCCGAGUCGGAGAGACAAGAAGAGAUCGAACUUUCCAUACCCGAGGUGGAAGAACAGCUCUCUGGCGCAAAAUUUGACUUCAGUGAUCCGCUCACAUUUGUCGUUAUGAAGCGCUUUUCCCAACUCACCUCCCACCGCGUCCCCGACCCACUCCUCAACACUGUCCUGCGCGGCAGCAAACCUCUAACCACUUUCAUCGACUUGCUCACUCAAACCGCGAAGCCUAAACCUAAGAGAUUCGCAGAACUGUUACUCGCCAAGCAGAAGAAGGCACUGGAUUUUGCUGCAAGGGAAAAACUCCGCGCCGAGAUUGAGGAGACGCCAUUAUCAGAUCAGACGGAGAAAGCGGUCUCUGGACAAUCAGAAGCCCCUACCCAAAAGGUAAAGAAGCAGAGACAGAGAUUCCAGCCCCUGGGCCCCAACGUGAUGAUUUUCCCCCGGCGCGAGACUGAAGUCGAUCGAGAAAUGGAGGUCGGGCGCUGGAAGGUCAUCAAGCGCGAACUCGAGGAUCGCGGCCUGCCGGUGUACCCGCUUCCUCGGCUGGUGCCGGAGGGUGAAGAGUGGAGGAAAGAGGAGGCGGAAGGGGGAGUUGCGCAGAGGAACUUGUGAAUGCAAGCCGACACUACAGCCCGCCGGGACCACAGCGCAUCCCCGUACAGUCCAAGACUCGCCGCGAAAUGAAAACGGGAUCGAAAGUCCGAUGCGUGGAUGUCCAAGAAGACGGGCAAAACACCGUUAGGAGACAGAGCAGAGUUGUACAAAAGGGAGAAAGAAAAUGUAACAAGGGCACAAUGUAUAUUCUCUAAAAUGCUCGAGCUGCUUGCGAAAUUCGAUGUAAACCUCUACAUGCUCCGUUUGAGAAACCAUUCCUUCCGCGGUGUCAUGUAUACCAAACUUUUGCCAGUCGAUGCAGAAUGCAAAAUGCUAAGGUGCGGCCGUUGGAGACAGAUAUGUACAGUUCGAGCUGCUGAUUGUCGCUGGCUUUUAACUUUGAAAUGACGACUUUCCUCUGAACAUGUCGCGAGAAAAUCAG